AUGCCUCCUCAUCCGCUGGCCAUUUUGUCCGAGGCAGAGACUAACAUCGCUCGCGAUGUGAUCAUUGCCUCGUACGGCAACGAAGUCAUUGAUUUCCGUGAGAUUUACCUGCAGGAGCCACCAAAGGCUCAACUCAAGGAGUACCUGGCGCUGGAACAUUCUGGCCGCCUGAGUCCGACCAGCCCCCGACCGGCUCGGUUGGCGUUCUGUCAGUACGAUGUGAUCGGAUCCAAUCGCGUGCCUGAAUUCCACGAGUCUGUUGUAGAUGUCAAUCUACGGAAACGGGUGUCGCACCAAAUGGUUGGCAAGCAGCAUCAUGCCAGUUUGACCCUGAGUGAAUUCGACACCUUCAUUGAACGUUGCAAAGCAUCUACCCUCUUCCAGCAAGCACUCGCUGAUUUCGAUCUGCCCGAGGGUUUCGAUGUUGUAAUUGAGCCCUGGCCUUACGGUGGCCCCGAUCUCACCGAGGAGAACCGCCGGUACUUCCAGGCACUCGUCUUCGCACAGGACAUGCGCUCUGGUAACCCCGAUGCCAACUUCUAUUCAUACCCUCUGCCCGUCAUCCCUGUCAUGGACGUCCUCACCCAGGAGGUGAUCCGGGUCGACCGGCCGGCGACUGGUGGCAAGGGAGACGGCUUGUUCGAUCAGACUUUCAAGCGCGAUAUCAUCGGCCACUGCAAGGCCUCCGAUUACAUCCCCGAGCUGCUGCCUCAUGGAACCCGCCAGGAUCUCAAGCCGUUGAACGUAGCACAGCCGGAGGGACCCUCAUUCCGGAUCACGGACGAGUCGCUGGUGGAGUGGCAGAAAUGGCGUUUCCGCGUUGCUUUCAACCCGCGCGAGGGAGCAACGAUUCAUGACGUCUGGUACGAUGGUCGUAGCGUUAUGUACCGAUUGUCUGUGAGUGAGAUGACUGUUCCCUAUGCCGACCCGCGACCUCCCUUCCACCGCAAGCAGGCGUUUGACUUUGGAGACGGAGGCGCUGGCAACAUGGCCAACAAUCUCUCACUGGGCUGCGACUGCCUGGGUGUGAUCAAGUACUUUGACGCGGUAGUCACUGGCGCCGACGGAACGGCCAAGCCGAUGCCCAACGCCAUCUGCCUGCACGAACAGGAUAACGGGAUCGGAUGGAAGCACAGCAACUGGCGCACGGGGCGUGCGGUUGUCACCCGGCUGCGCGAGCUGGUGGUGCAAUUCAUCAUCACGCUGGCUAACUACGAGUACAUCUUUGCGUACAAGUUCGACCAGGCGGGCGGGAUCACACUCGAGGCCCGGGCGACGGGCAUCCUCAACGUGGUCAACAUCGACGCCAACAAAGUCAGCGAGUAUGGCAACGUGGUCAGUGGGGGCGUGCUGGCGCAGAAUCACCAGCACAUCUUCAACGUGCGCAUCGACCCGGCAAUCGACGGGCACAACAAUUCCGUCGUGGUGGAGGAGUCGCAUGCGGUGCCGAUGAACCAGAGGACCAACCCAAACGGCAAUUUCUACCAGAUCACCAAGUCGACGCUGGAGCGCGCGUGCUACCUAGACGCCGCACCGCAGCACAACCGCACCAUCAAGAUCAUCAACCCGCACAAGACGAACCCAAUCAGCCAGAAUCCCGUGGCGUACAAGUUCCAGCCGCUGCCAACCCAGCUGCUGCUCGCAGACCGCCAGUCCGUGCAAGCGCAGCGCGCCCAGUUCGCCCAGCACCACGUCUGGGUGACCAAGUACCGCGACGGCGAGCUCUACGCCGGCGGCCGCUACACGCUGCAGAGCCAGGUCGAGGUCGACGGGGUCGCAGAUGCUGUUCAGCGCGGCGACCCUGUCGAGGACACCGACGUCGUCGUCUGGAACUCGUUCGGCAUCACCCACAACCCGCGCGUCGAGGACUGGCCCGUCAUGCCGGUGGAGAUAUUCCAGCUGAUGAUCCGCCCUGCGGACUUCUUCACGGCGAACCCAGCUAUCGACGUACCGUCGAGCAAGAACGUCUCGUCGCGCCUAGUCCCAGAUGAAUGCUGUCGUAAGGCGAAUAUUUGA